AUGCCUGAUAUCGAAGCGCCAGCUCCUAGCGAAGCCACCCCUUUGGUGACUAAGGCUGAAGGAGCAGGAGAUAUCGAAGAGGGUGGUGAACUAGAUCUGGAUUCGCGUCUCCUAAAACCCGUCAAGGAUGGUUCGAUCAUGGAAAUCGUUGUGGGAAUACUAGCGGCCAUUACAUUCGCGGCGUCUGCCGCGAUCCUCAUCCUUCACCAUGGCAUCCUUGUUGUCGUAUCAGGAGUCUUUGGUGUGGGGUUGGCACCUUAUGCGGCUUUUCAGCAGACAAAGAUAACACAUGCAACUGCCAUGAAGCAAACCAAUGAAUUCUUUCAAAAGCAAUUGAAUAUCCUCAAGGCGCUCAACAAUCAACUCAUUGGUCAGGUAGCCGACAUGACCAAGUCCAUUGACAGUCUUGAGGACAUGGAGAAGACACUGGAAGUGGUUCAAUCUAUGCGAGGCGACUGCCAGCAAGGUCUAGAGGAAAUACUGAAGACUGAGCGUGAGAUUGCGGCCAAGACUAAGUCCAAUGUCAAGAAUGACCUUCUAGGGAACAUCAUGGAGAUAUCGCUCAACUGUGACCUUGAUGGAGACAUGAAAAUGUCGGAUGAUGAGGUGGAGGCGGUCAUUCAGAAGAUCGAAGGUAUCAACGGAGUGGAUGUUCGUGAGGAAAAAUUCCGAGCCAUGAUUGAGAAUCACGGAAGGGAUAUUCUCUCGCUCAUGGAUGUCGCCAAGAACCUUCUCAGUGAUGAUAUCCCUGAUGAAGACAAGCUCUUUGUGUACUUGAACUAG